CAAAAUUAAUAGAUUAAUUGGAAACCUGCAUGCCAAACUUUAACUUUAAUUAAAUGGGGCCAAUUGCUAAUUUCUGCAGUAAGAGACUUCUUUGAAAAGCAGCCCAUCUGCCUUCCAGUUACAGGAAAUUAGUUCCUGCUCACUUCUUAGCUAAGAGAUGGCUAGCUUCCUCUCCGAUCUGAUUCAAUACCGGGGACUAUUCCAAAUGAUCCUUGUGCUGGGAAUCGGGGGCAGCUUCCCUUAUGGGUUUCACAUUUCUGUAAUAAACUAUCCGUCCCUGCAUAUUAAAAAAUUCAUUAAUGAGACCUGGCUGGAACGACAUGGCUCACCACUGCCUCAAGAAAGUGUUAUCUUAUUAUGGUCCUUCAUAGUAUCCAGUUACGGGAUUGGAGGUCUCAUAGGGAGUGUCUGUUGUGGAUACCUCACCACAAAAUAUAGAAAAAAGAAGUGCCAGAUGUUCACCAACCUGAUCAUGCUGACUGCUGCCCUGUUCAUGGGUUUCAGCAAGAUGGCCAAAUCUUUUGAGAUGAUCCUCCUUGGACGCCUCCUCUAUGGGAUUGGCAUUGGGUUUUCUUUCAAUAUACAUCCUCAAUAUGUGGGAGAGAUUUCGCCAAAGAAGUUGCGAGGAUUUACAAAUGCCACGGUCGCUGUUUUUCUGACAUUAGGCAAAGUUGCAGGACAAAUCAUUGGUCUUGGGGAGAUUUUGGGCACAGAGUCCUUGUGGCCCCUGCUGUUGGCUUUUAGUGCGCUCACAGCCACAAUCCAAUUGGUGACACUCCCAUGCUUUCCUGACUCCCCACGGUACCUUCUGAUACAGAAAGGCAAUGAAGAGGCCUUCCUGAAAGCCAUCAAACAACUCUGGGGUGAGGGGGACCAUCAAGCUGAGAUUGAUGACAUCAAGAAAGAAAAGGCUGCCAUGUCUUGCACAAAAAGUCUCCGAGUCCUAGAGGUGCUGAAGGCCCAAUCACUGCGCUGGCAGCUGUAUGUGACAAUCACCGUCAUGAGCACCCUGCAGCUGUGUGGCAUCAAUGCAAUCUACUUCUACUCGUUUGAAGUUUUUCGCACAGCCCAGUUUGAAGAAACCCUCAUUCCAUACAUUGCACUGGGUGUUGGCAUCUGUGAGUGCUUCUCAUCCAUUUUGUGCAGUUCUCUGAUUGAGCGUUUUGGGCGGAAACCUCUACUAUGGGGAGGAUAUGCUGCCAUGGUGCUGGUGCUGGCUGCACUCACAGUAACCCUUUCAUUCCAACAUCGCUAUUUUUGGAUGCACUACUUGAGUGUCAUUUUCAUCUUCCUCUUUGUCAUCUUCUAUGGAAUUGGACCUUCUGGUGCCACAAUAUCAGUUAUGGUGGAAAUCUUCAAUCAAACAUACCGUCCAUCUGCCUUUGUAAUUGUGGGAUUUAUCAACUGGAUGGGGCUCUUUCUGCUUGGGAUGAUCUUCCCAUUCAUUGUGGAAUAUCUUGGUCCCUUCUGCUUUCUGAUUUUUAUGGGGAUCUUGGCUGUUUCAAGUGUAAUCAUCUACUUAUAUCUUCCAGAAACAAAGGGAAAAUCUAUUCUUGAAAUUACAAUGGAGUUUAAUAAGCUAAAUUAUGGAAAGAAACAAGUUUUUCUCAUAGAAAAUAGUUCUCCAAAGGAAACUGUACUUUGUACCAAACUUUAAUGCUUGAACUGCAAAAUCUCUGUAUUUUGAGAACUGUACAGCACAUAAAAUUUACCAAUCACAACACUAAAGCAUUUGUUCUGAAAUGCUGCAUAGCUUCACAAAGAGAAAAAUCCACUUCUACAUUUGAAGAACAUUUGAUGUGUCAUAUUGUACGCUGCACUACAAACAAAGCCCGUCUUCUCAGUUUAAGUCCAGAGAGUAUAAUCAUAUUAACUGGCUAACACCUGUAUAUUUUUGACUAUAUCCAGCAGACACCCUACAUCAAUAGUUCUUAAGCUAUUUGACCCAAUUAUCCCUUCUCUUUGUUUUGAAGAAUGUCUUUACUCCCAUAAAAAGAAAACAUUUUACAGAAAUGGUUUUUGCAGUGAUAGUUCUGAACUGUAUCUUUGACUCACAAACAAGUAAUCAUCAUUACUCCCAAUGCCAGUUGACAGGAGGGGAUAAUGAAGUCAACUAUUUCUUCCUGGGUGCUGUUAUACUGACAUACUCAAGAAAUAGUAUCAGCAAGGAAAUUCUUCCCCCUUGGCAAGUACCUGUGGGGAGGGAACCACACCAAGACAGUGUAGUCACAAGGCAAGCAAGAUCAGAAACCUCUAAAGUGAUAUCACCAAACAGAACCAGACCAGAAGCCUCUAGGAAAACUAGAAACUGAAUCCAAAAGCAAAAUACCCCAAAGAAAUUGAAGAAUAGGAAAACAAGAAAUUUCUAAAGAAAUUAAAAACUCAAACA